UCCUCACACUGGCCCGGAGCGGUACGUGUUUCCGUGUCGCUAGUCCUACUUCCCGCUUAAUGCCGCUAAUUUUACAGAAUAAACGACCUUCUGACACAUGACAUUUUAAACCCUGCUGUUAAAACCCGACCGGCUAGAUGAGUGUGCCAACCUUCGGCCCCCCCUCUGCAGAGGCGGCUGAGAUAAACCGCAUCCACUAUGAGCUGGAGUACACAGAAGGCAUCAGCCAGCGCAUGCGGAUCCCCGACACUCUGAUGGUGGCCUCAGAAAACCAGAGAGGGUCCUUUCCGCUGGAGACGCCCAUGCCCACUCACACAACCAUGAUGCAGGUUCCUGAGAGGAUUAUUGUUGCAGGUGACGAUGAUGACCCUCGAUAUUCUCGUCCAAGAGAUUUGGACCUGAUUCAGUCCAUCCCUCCUGUGGACCUCCUGAGCAUGAAGACCCCCCCACGUGUCCUCACGCUCACAGAGCAGUCACUGGACUCUAUGGAGACCGAGCAAGCCGCCUCCUCACAGAACACUCCCAGCCAGACGUAUCAACCACAGGGCCACAGCCACGCUCGCUCUCGAAGGGAACGUAGUGCGAGUGAGCACAUCUCUGGCCGCCAUAGCGUUCCGGCCAGCAGAAGUGAUAUAAGCAUCAGCCCGUCACCCUCUGUUCCCCCAGUCCGCUUAUGUCCCCCCCUCUGUUCCCCCGAGGAUGCAAGCAUCAACCUGUUCACAGCUGCUGGGGUCCUGUCUUACAUCCAGUCAACCACACGCCGGGCGUACCAGCAGGUCCUUGAGGUCCUGGAUGACAGCCACCGCAGGACACACCUGGACUUGGCCCUGGAUAUAAACCCUGAUGAGUCUGGCUUAGUGGACGCCUCCUCACUACGACGACAGAUUGUGAAGCUGAACCGGCGUCUGCAGCUUCUUGAGGAAGAAAACAAAGAGCGCUCCAAGCGAGAGGUGAUCAUCUACUCUGCUACUGUGGCGUUCUGGCUCAUAAACACCUGGAUCUGGUUCCGUCGCUGAGGUAAAACUAGGGUGAGCCUCCCAAAACACUGGAAGCCAUUAAAUCAAGGGGGGCUGCUAUAAUUUAAAGGUAACCACAGGAAACUUUAUAAACAUUGGUAAUGUCCUAAACCACAACCCUGUAUGUUUGUAUAGCAAAAUCCAUGUUGAAAUUUAAGCUGAACACUGUCAAGAUAAAACCUGAGCCAGCGCAUGUAACAAUGUUUACUAUAACUACUCAAUGUCACACAAUUUUACAAUGCUGGACUGUAACUACAGACUGUUGCCUCAGCACAGGGAACAAACUUAACUUUAAAGUGUAAAGUCUCUGUAUAUCAUUCCCGUAUAAACUGGUAAACGACAAGUAAAACCUAGGACAAUGACACAACAACUGACAGUCUCCAAAAUGUUUGCAUCUGUUCUGAUGUAGUAAGAGAUACUUUGUUACAACAUGUUGUCUGCUGAAGAGAAUGUCAACCCCUGAAUCUGAAGGUGAUGAUGUGAACAUCCAUGAUGUUCACGCCUGUUUAAGAGAAACUAAAUGUCAUCGGUCAUAUGGAGACUAUUUAUUAUUGGUCUAAAGUGGAAAAGGAGUGUCUGACAAGAAUCAGCAGAAAUAACAAACCUUUAGCGAUUUAUUCGAGAUUUUGUGUAAAGUGAUGGGCAACAUCUCAACUUGAUGAACCCUUUAUAUUGAAACAACAGGUGUUACAGUGAUGCUUACCAUCUUUGGGAGAGUAGUAUGCACUCAGUAGAGAACACACCUCUGCCAAGGCCCAACAAUCCCCUUGAAUUCAAUCAAGAUGCAACAAAUUGCACACACUCAUAGAUAUUAGUUUCCUAAAUAUGCUCCCAAAAAAUGUUCAUCAAGCUACGAGAAUUAUUCUGUCGGAAACCAGUGAAGAUAUAAAAAAAAAAAAAAAAAAAAAAUCUCACAUUGGUAAAGAAAGUGGGAAAAAUAUUCCUGGAUCUGCGUCACAUGGAAAGAGUUUUUCCGACUAUAUCCCAUCCCUCCAUCAACGCUCAUGCAAAUCCAUUGAGUGGUUUUUCUGUAAUCUGAGUCUUUUUUAGUACAAGAAGGAUUACAGCGGGACAAGUAUUUUGGGAACCUAGCCCUGAGUUCACAGGACCAAACCUCACAUGUGACCUGAAGUUCAUCAAUUUGGUCAAAAAAGUGAUGAUUCUCAAAGUGUCAAAAUAAAAUGUCUAAAUCUAGAGGUGCCAUAACACUGACCCUGAAUGCCCCAUGACCUUCUUGUUAUCCAAAACAUUUGUGUACAGUACUUGAAUAGCCUUAUGUUGCAACGUUGUAGUCUUGGAAAUCUUUAUUUAUUAUUCACCUCUGUGGCCGUGCCAUGCCCAGAGAUUGUCAUCUGAGCUUUAUGAAGUGGCAGCAGAACUUCAGGGCACUUGAGGUGGUAGUUAUCAGUGUAUUAUUUAUGUAUUUCCAUUCUGUUUAUAAAGUUUGACUUUGUUUUUCCUGAGAAUUUGACCUCUCCUUGUUUUCCACUAAGUUACCUACAAGACUAAAAAAAACAAGAGCAUGGACUUUGUGGUUUUAUCAUCAUACAGUGUGAUGUAAAUCUUAGAGCUAAUGUAAGGUCAUGUGUAACAGACAAAUAUGUAUAUGAGAUAUUGAUGUCAUUAUUUUUGAAGAACGAUGUGUUAUUUUUUUUAAUUUCUCACACAUGAUGCAGAGUUACCAGCAAAGUGUUGCAGUGGCCAUUUCUUUCUAUCACGCGCUGUACUUAUCACAUGAAGCUGGAGUUUUAAGUUAUUAUUGUUUACUUUCUUGUAAUAUAUGAACACAUUCAUUGUAAAUAUUUUUGCUGUAAUAAAUGAUGGAUGUUGA